AUGUCGAUGAAUCUCGAGGCUCUGGACAAGGAAGCGCAUGUCUUGCGUACUGCUAUUGACGAUAAUAAUGUCGUCGAAGCGACAAAAGUGCUUGUACAAUUGAAAAUGGCACUUACGACACUCCCAGCGCUUCCUCCAUGCGGAAUCGACUCUCCUACAGCUAAAAUGGAGCUGGAGGUUGCACGCCACGUACUGGAAAGCGCGACGUUGCUGAGCAUUUUGCAAGAAGAUAUGACUGCUUUUGAGCGCAAUAUGAUCCAGCUUAAAGUCUAUUACAGUUGUGGACUACCACUAUCGCCACUGCACUACCCGAUUCUGGGCACAAGGCUGCUGCAGCUGCUUGUGGAGAAUCGCAUGGCGGAAUUCCACAAUGAGUUGGAGCUGCUGCCUGAACAGAGUCGCCAAGAUCCAAAUAUUGCCUUUGCUGUCAAGCUGGAGCAGUAUUUGAUGGAAGGCACGUACAACAAAGUGCUAGAGGCACGCACUAACGUACCCAAUCCGUACUUUCCUUUUUUUCUAUCGCAACUGCUGCAGACCGUUCGUGAGAACAUUGCUGACUGUGCUGAAGUAGCUUAUCAAUGUCUCACGUUGGCCGACGCUCAAAAGAUGCUCAUCUUUGACUCGGCUGCUGAACUUGGUGCCUACAUUCAGGAAGAGAAGACAGAGUGGACUGUGCGCGAAGGUCGAGUGUGGUUCAAGGCACCGGAGAAAUCGUUGGGCGCUUCGGAUAUUCCUUCGUUGAGAUUAGUUGGUGAGACGCUCGCGUACGCUACGGAACUGGACCGUAUCGUAUAA